GGACAGAACAGCAUUGAAGUCUACAGUACCAGACCAGCUCACAGGAGGCAGGAGGGUUGGAAGUGGUGCCCAGCAACCUCCCAGGACUCCUGGAGUGUCUGAUCCCUUUCUCCAAAAUGGGUCUCUGGGGGAUGCUUGUCUUCCCCCUGGGAUUCCUGUUUGCUUCUGUGCUCCUGGUGACUUCAGCCCCAGCCACUCCGGAGUCUUCUGGCUGCAGCAACAAAGAGCAACAGGUCACAGUCAGCCAUACAUACAAGAUUGACGUGCCCAAGUCUGCUCUGGUUCAACUAGAAACUGACCCACAGUCACUCAGUGAUGAUGGGACAUCACUCUUGGUUCCCGGGGAGGAUGGGGAGGAGCAGAACAUUAUCUUCAGGCACAACAUCCGUCUUCAGACACCACAGAAGAACUGUGACUUGGCAGACAGUGUCCAGGAUCUGCUGGCCCGGGUGAAAAAGCUGGAGGAAGAGAUGGCAGAGAUGAAGGAGAAGUGUAGUACCAACCGCUGCUGCCAGGGAGCUGCUGAUCUGAGCCGUCACUGCAGUGGCCACGGGACCUUCUUCCCUGAGACCUGCAGCUGCCACUGUGACCAGGGCUGGGAGGGCACUGACUGUGAGCGGCCCUCCUGUCCCGGGGCUUGCAGUGGCCACGGGCGCUGCGUGGAUGGGCAAUGCGUGUGUGACCAGCCCUAUGUGGGAGUCGACUGUGCCUAUGCCGCCUGUCCCCAGGACUGCAGUGGGCAUGGCGUGUGCGUGCAGGGUGUCUGUCAGUGCCACGAGGACUUCACUUCGGACGACUGCAGCGAGCAGCGUUGUCCUGGCGACUGUAGUGGCAAUGGCUUCUGUGACACUGGCGAGUGUUACUGCGAGAUGGGCUUUAUUGGCCCUGACUGUUCCCAGGUGGUGCCUCCUCAGGGCCUGCAGUUACUCAAGAGCACAGAGAACUCCCUGCUGGUGAGCUGGGAGCCCUCCAGUGAGGUGGACCACUACCUGCUCAGCUACUACCCCCUGGGGAAGGAGCAAGCUACAAAACAGGUCCAGGUGCCCAAGGAACAGCACACCUAUGACAUCACCGGCUUGAUGCCUGGCACCAAGUACAUAGUCACCCUGCGUAACGUGAAGAAAGACAUCUCCAGCAGCCCUCAGCAUCUACUUGCUACCACAGAUCUUGCUGUGGUGGGCACAGCCUGGGUAAAUGAAGAGACUGAGACAUCCCUUGAUGUGGAGUGGGAGAACCCCCUGACUGAGGUGGACUAUUACAAGCUUCGGUAUGGCCCCUUAACAGGGCAGGAAGUGACGGAGGUCACUGUGCCCAAGAGCCAUGAUCCCAAGAGUAGAUAUGACAUCACUGGUCUGCAGCCUGGAACAGAAUAUAAAAUCACAGUUGUGCCCAUAAGAGGUGAUCUGGAGGGAAAACCAAUUCUCCUGAAUGGAAGGACAGAAAUCGAUGGACCAACCAACGUGGUCACAAACCAGGUGACAGAAGACACAGCAUCUGUUUCCUGGGAUCCAGUGAGGGCUGACAUAGACAAGUAUGUGGUGCGCUAUAUCUCCCCUGAAGGGGAGACCAAGGAGAAGGCAGUACCCAAGGACCAGAGCAGCACCGUUCUCACAGGCUUGAAGCCAGGAGAGGCCUACAAAGUCUUUGUAUGGGCUGAGAGGGGCAACCAAGGAAGCAAGAAAGCAGACACCAAGGCCCUCACAGAAAUUGACAGCCCAGAAAACCUGGUGACUGAUCGGGUGACAGAGAACACUCUCUCUGUCUCAUGGGACCCAGUAGAGGCUGACAUCGACAGGUACGUGGUAAGCUAUACUUCCGUGGAUGGUGAGACGAAGCAGGUUCCAGUGAGAAAGGACCAGAGGAGCACCGUCCUCACUGGCCUGAGUCCAGGUGUGGAGUACAAAGUUUACGUGUGGGCGGAGAAAGGCGAUCGAGAAAGCAAGAAGGCCAACACCAAGGCUCCCACAGACAUUGACAGCCCGAAAAACUUGGUGACUGACCAGGUGACAGAGAAUACUCUCAGUGUCUCCUGGGACCCUGUUCAGGCCAACAUUGACAGAUAUAUGGUGAGCUACACCUCAGCUGAUGGAGAGACCAGAGAAGUUCCAGUGCCUAAGGAGAAGAGCAGUACUGUCCUGACUGGCCUGAGACCAGGCAUGGAGUAUAAGGUCCAUGUAUGGGCCCAGAAGGGGACCCAGGAGAGCAGGAAGGCCAAUACCAAGGCUCCCACAGAUAUUGAUAGUCCCAAAAACCUGGUGAUUGACCAGGUGACAGAGACCACUCUCAGUGUAUACUGGGACCCAGUACAGGCUGACAUCGACAGGUAUGUGGUGCGCUACACCUCUGCUGAUGGAGAAUCCAAAGAAUUCCUGAUUGGGAAGGAAGAGAGGAGAACUGUCCUGAGAGGCCUGAGGCCAGGUGUGGAGUACAAAGUUGAAGUGUGGGCCCAGAAAGGAGCCCGGGAGAGCAAGAAAGCCAACACUGAAGGUCACACAGACAUCGACAGUCCCAAAAAUCUGGUGACCAAUCAGGUGACAGAAAAUACAGCCACCAUCUCCUGGGACCCAGUGCAGGCUGAUAUUGACAGGUACAUGGUGCGCUACACAUCUGCUGACGGAGAAACCAGGGAGAUUCCAGUGAGGAAGGAGAAGAGCAGCACCGUCCUUACAGGCCUGAGGCCAGGUGUGGAGUACACUGUCCAAGUGUGGGCUCAAAAGGGGGCCCGGGAGAGCAAGAAGGCCAAAACCAAGGCCCCCACAGAAAUUGACAGCCCCAAGAACUUGGUGACCAACCGAGUGACAGAGAAUACAGCCACCAUCUCCUGGGACCCAGUGCGAGCCAACAUUGACAGAUACAUGGUUCGCUACACCUCUGCGGAUGGAGAGACUAUGGAGAUUCCAGUGUCAAAGGAUCAGAGCAGCACCAUUCUGACAGGCCUGAAGCCAGGCAUGGAAUAUACCAUUCAUGUGUGGGCCCAGAAGGGGGCCCGGGAGAGCAAGAAGGCUGAUACCAAGGCCCUAACAGAAAUUGACCCUCCCAAAAAUCUUCGUCCAUUUGGGGUAACACAUUCUAGUGGGGUUUUGACCUGGAUGCCCCCCUCUGCUCAAAUUGAUGGCUACAUUUUGACCUACCAGUUCCCAAAUGGCACCGUGAAGGAGGUGGAGCUCCAAAGAGGCCAGCAGAGAUUUGAGUUGCAAGACCUGGAACAGGGUGUCACCUAUCCUGUUUCCUUGGUUGCCUUUAAAGGUAAACAGCGGAGCCGGAGUGUGUCUACCACCCUUUCUACAGUGGAUGCCCGAUUCCCACACCCCUCAGACUGCAGUCAGGUUCAGCAGAACACCAAUGCUGCCAGUGGCCUCUACACGAUCUACCUCAAUGGCGAUGCCAGUCGGCCCAUGCAGGUGUACUGUGACAUGGACACCGAUGGAGGUGGCUGGAUUGUCUUCCAGAGACGGAACACUGGACAGCUGGAUUUCUUCAAGCGUUGGCGGAGUUAUGUAGAAGGUUUUGGGGACCCCAUGAAGGAGUUCUGGCUUGGACUUGAUAAACUACAUAAUCUCACCACUGGCACUACCACUCGGUAUGAGGUGAGGGCAGACUUACAGACUGUCAAUGAAUCUGCCUACGCUGUAUAUGACUUCUUCCAAGUGGCGUCCAGCAAAGAGCGGUACAAGCUGUCGGUUGGGAAAUACAGAGGCACAGCAGGAGAUGCUCUCACCUACCACAAUGGAUGGAAGUUCACGACUUUCGACAGAGACAAUGAUAUUGCCCUCAGCAACUGUGCGCUAACACAUCAUGGUGGAUGGUGGUAUAAGAACUGCCAUUUGGCCAAUCCGAAUGGCAAAUAUGGAGAGACCAAGCACAGUGAGGGGGUGAACUGGGAGCCAUGGAAAGGACAUGAGUUCUCCAUUCCUUAUGUGGAGCUGAAAAUCCGCCCCUUUGGUUACAGCAGAGACCGUUUCUCUGGCAGAAAGAAGCGCUCCAUAGGAGGAAGGGCAAGAAUGUUCUGAAGGCCUGUCUGAGCUGUCUUCACAGGAGACGAGACAAGCUUGGGGCAGGCGGGGUGGGUGGUGGUGACUGGGGAGCUGAAGUUUGAGGAAUGCUCAUAUUCUCUAACUUCUUAGAUCGCUGGGUACACAGAGCUAAUGACGUCAGUCAUCACACUUUGACCUUUAGAAGUUCCUUCCAUGUCAUCGGCAUGUUUACCUGUCUCUAGUGGGGGCCCUGAAAGCCAACAAUGUUAUAAUUGAACAGUACAUGUGGGUAGGACACAGUGUUGGAACCACAAGGUGCUUCAGCCCAUCCUUAAUGACAGAUGUAUUGAAUUAGGACAAAAAGGUUAAUCACCCACUGGACCAUCAAUUGGAAAUCUUUAGAAAUUGGUGGAGACUUCUGUAUCCAUUUGAUAAUAUAGAUCUUUGUAGAAAAAUACCGAAGUGAGGUUCUGAUCCCCCAGGGGGUCAGAGCUAAGGCAACCUGCUACUUGUUGUCUCCUGGUUCUCCUGGUUUUUGAAAGAAAAGCAUAAUUCUUACUCCUUUUAAACUUCCUGUGUGAUGAAGAAUGAAGAGACUUCAAAGGGGCCAUGAUACACUCAUAGUUAAGUUCUGACUAGUCUCUAGCAUUCUGGAGACCAAAGCUCCCAUUUUAUUGCUAUUUUUAACUGCCCCUUUUCCAGACAUUUGCAUAAGCUCUUCCAUAGAUCUGCAUAUGUUGUAAAUAAAUUUGCAGUCAUUUCAUCUUUAAAUAACCCAUAUCUUUAAAUAACUGGUAUCCUCAGUCUUCCCUGACUCACCUCCAUGCCUCCCCCCAUUCCCUGGUCUGUCAGCCCUCAGCCUCCCUCCACCUCUGCUUCCCACACUGGAAGCUUCCUCAUAUCACCCUUCUUGUGCGUUUGGUAUCAUUUUGGAAGGUUUUCUGUAGCCAAGUCAGUGACCAUUGAAGUAACUUAAACUCCUACUCAAGAAAACGAAAAUAAACCAUUUGAUUUUUAAAAAGA